AUGCUACUGUACUCUGUCUGUCGAUGUAUGCCGGUUUUUAUACUCGAAACUUUUCUCAUACAGCAUGCAAUCGCUUCUUGGCCGUUGUUCACCAAUUCUAGUGUUCAACUGUUGGGUCUAUUUCCAGAUGCUGAAAAUACGACCGAGCCGACCGACUUUUCGGUUCAUCCUCGUGCGAUGUUCAUGGCUGCCAUAGUUCUCGCACAAAGAUACGGCAUAACAGUCGAUAGAGAAUUCAUUGGCUGGGAUAUCGCGCAAACAGGUGGUAAUGCUAUUGGUGCUGUCAGAAGCACAUGCCAAAAAGUAGCCAGUUCCGACAUUAUUGGUAUUGUGGGACCAGCGUAUUCUCGAGAAACAGCUGUUAUUGCUCCGUUCGCUGAAAGUCUCAACAUUCCAAUAAUAUCUCAUGCUGCAACAAACCCGAGCUUAUCCGAUCGAAAUGCAUAUCCAACUUUUUAUCGAACGGUUCCCUCUGAUGCAAGUGUAACAUUGCCGAUUGUAGAAUUAUUCCUUCGAUAUAGUUGGAAAUCGUGUGUGAUCGUUUAUCAGAAUGACGAAUUCGGAGCAGGUGCUGUCGAAGCGAUCAGUGAUGCAUUCAGUGACAAUAAUUUGGUUGUCGCUCAAUUAAUUGUAUUCGAUAUUGCCACGAAGAAAAUUCGAGGUGAUCUAAAAGAUCUUUUAUCAGCUACGUCAACGCGAAUUGUUAUUUUAUGGACUGAUGAAUAUCAUACUUCUCUAGUUUUACAAAUUGCACUUCAAGCUGAUGUACUUGGUCCGCGUUUCACCUGGAUAAUGAGUAUGACAAUCUCAUUAAGUGCAUUCAACGAAACCUCACGUCCAAAAUUGAUCGGAAUGUUAACUGUCGAGCCUGUCAUCGGAAGUGUGAUCAGUUCUCCUUAUAAUACAACAUUAUUGGAUGCGGCUUAUCAGAUUUGGCAACAAUACGAGCCGGAAACGUUUCCCGGCGCAGCAAACGUUAAUUAUUAUGCGUUAUUUGCAUUCGACGCUACUUGGACAUUGAUCAAAUCCACAUAUCAACUAUGUCGUAAUCGAUCAAAACCAUGUGUAUCAAUUGUGAAUAGUUCCUACUGUUUCGAUCGGCACUUCUCAGAUGGCACCAAUCUUUGUAACAUAAUUAGUGCGACUGAAUAUCUCGGCGCGUCUGGUCCGGUGAAAUUUUCACGUAAUUCAACUGAUCGGAUGGAUGGUAUUUAUUACAUUGUUAGGAAUAUUCAAUCAUCGAUGAAUAGCAUUCGUUUUGUACCCGUGUUACAGUGGUCGUAUUCCAAUAGUCUAACAUCAUAUACACAUGCCGAUGUAGUCGUCUGGCCUGGGAAUGUCUUGACACCUCCAACUGGUCUUGCUGAUCUCGAAGACGUGAAUCUACGUAUUUGUACAAUUGAGUCAAAACCGUUUACAAUGCGAACAGAUAUCAUUGAGAAUAAUCAAACAAAAUUAGUUGGUUACAUCCCUGACUUGCUAGAUCUGUUACAAGCGAGUACAAAGUUUAUUCCGCAUAUAGUUUAUCCAUCAGACAAUCAAACGUAUGGUGGAUUGGUAGCUGCAGUUGCGAAUGGUCUUUGUGAUAUUGCAAUUGGUGAUAUUACAGUUACCGCUAAACGGCGAGAGAUCGUGGAUUUUUCCAGUUCUAUCUAUGAUAACUCAAUGCGAAUCAUUGUUCGGAAAACAGCGGCCGACAAUGUGGAUCUGUUCUCUUAUAUGAAACCGUUUUCGACCAAUCUUUGGAUUUCACUAUUAGCUUGUCUCAUCUUUUCCGGAAUACUGUUUUGUAUAUUUGAGCGACAGGAUAACGAUGUUCUGCAUAAUCGAUCAAUUCCAUCGUGUAUUUUUUUGAGUAUCUGGUUUUCAAUCGGUAAUCUGAUGGGCUACGGUGUAGACUUCGAUGUUCAAACAGCAGCUGGACGAAUAUUAACUGUUGGUCUGUAUAUCUUAAGUAUCGUCCUGGUAGCGACGUACACGGCAAAUUUAGCGUCGGAUUUAACCAUAUCGAGAUCUAAAGAUAUCAUCUCGAGCAUUGAUGAUGUGAGAAACGGAAAAGUAGCCUUUAGUCGCUUGGGUGUUCUGAUAGAAUCCUCGGCAGAAGAAUACUAUCUACGCGAGAUCUCGGAUGGCAUUCGAAAUUUUUAUCCAUUAAGAUCAUUAGAUGAUUUAUUCAACAGCUUAUUGAAUAAUAAAAUCGACGCAUCAUUUUUUGAUAUCGGCUCUUUAGAAUAUGCAACAAAUAAUGUGUAUUGCAAUUUGUCAUUAGUCGGGUCGGAUUUUGCGGGCAGUGCAUUUGGAAUUGUUUAUCCGAAAAAAUGGUUGUAUGCAAGCAAUUUAGACGUUGUUAUUCUGUCGUUGAGGGAAACAGGUGUACUGGAUGAUUUAAAGCGAAAGUGGUUUCAGAAAAGCGUUUGCCAAGCUUCAUCCUCAGAUGACGUAUCGACGAGUAUUGAAGUUGGAACGAUGAGUGGUUUACUUCUAACUUUUGCUGUACUGAAUGCCAUAUCUGUCAUAGUUUUUCUAUGGACAAAACGAAUCAUCAUCAGAGAAACGAUGCAUGUUGUUAAAUGGAUCACACUUCUUUUUUUUAUUCUGACAUCAAGUCUCGGAGCUCCAUAUAAAUCAGCAAGAACAUGUGGUUAUGACUCAUGUAACUUAGGAAAAGCAGAUAAACUUAAUGUUCAUCUGGUUCCUCAUACACACGAUGAUGUCGGUUGGCUUAAAACAAUUGAUCAAUACUAUUAUGGAUCUCGUAGUGAUAUUGUCAAUCGAGGUGUUCAAUACAUUAUCGACUCAGUUAUUCAGGCACUAGUGGAUAAUCCUGACCGUCGAUAUAUCUAUGUGGAAAUGGCCUAUUUUUGGCGUUGGUGGAACGAACAAUCGGAUGAUAUGCGUAAUGUUGUCAAAGGACUGGUCAAUGAAGGUCGUUUGGAGUUUAUUUCGGGUGGGUGGUGCAUGAAUGAUGAAGCAACAACGCAUUACAAUUCAAUUAUUGAUCAGCAUACUUUAGGUGCAGAAUUCCUGCGUAAUACAUUUGGUGAAUGUGCUCGACCAAAGCUUGGCUGGCAGAUCGAUCCUUUUGGACAUUCUAGAGAGGUGGCUUCACUGUUUGCACAGAUGGGUUUUGACGGCCUGUUUUUUGGCCGUAUUGAUUACCAGGAUCGAAUACCACGCACUGCAGAAAAGAAUUUAGAGAUGGAUCACGUUGCAAGUAAUAAUGGAUUAUUAGGCCGUCAAAGCUGGCUGUUUACCGGCGUUCUGCCACAUGGCUACAGUGGCCCGAAUUCGUUUUGCUUCGAUAUAAAUUGUUCAGAUCAGCCGAUCAUGGAUGAUAAAAGUUUGCAUGACUACAAUGUAGAAGAACGUGUUCAAGCAUUCAUCAAUUCAGCACAUGUUCAAUCUCUGAUCUAUGCUACUAAUCAUAUCAUUAUGACGAUGGGUGAUGAUUUCCAAGAUGUAAAUGCAAAUGAGAAAUUCAAAAACUUGGAUAAAUUAAUACAAUAUGUUAAUCUUCAACAAGCAAAUGGCAGUGAUGUGAAUGUGUUCUAUUCCACUCCUUCCUGUUAUUUGUACGCUCUAAACAAAGUUAAUAGAGAAUGGAAAUCGAAAAAUGAUGACUUCUUCCCAUACGCAAGCAUUCCAUUUGCAUAUUGGACAGGGUAUUUCACCUCGAGGCCAGCAUUCAAACGUUAUGAACGCUACGCUAAUAAUAUUCUUCAAGUAACACGGCAACUAAACGGAUUUUCACAAAUGAAUCUACGAGAUUCUAUAUUUUACUUAAGUGAAGCAAUGGGACUUGCACAACAUCACGAUGCUGUCAGCGGAACAGAAAAACAACAUGUAGCCGAUGAUUACGCACAACGACUAGCGGAUGGUAUCGAUCGGACGAUGGACGUCAUCAAUAAUGCUUAUGGAAAGUUAUUACUUAAAGAAAAUCGAACAGGGCCAAUUGCUCAUCAAUUUUUAUGUCCUUUUUCAAAUAUCAGCGAAUGUCUUCCCAUUGAAGGACAAAAUGAGUUUGUAUUAACACUUUGGAAUCCAACUAUUCAUCCAGUGAUAACUCACCCUCGUGUGCCAGUCACUCGACAGUAUUUAAUCUAUGAUCCAUCAGGCACGAUUAUCCAUGCUGAAUAUCUACCGAUUCCACAAACAAUAAGAAACAUUCCCGGCCGAACAAGCUCUGCUGCAAAUCAAUAUGUCUUUCAAGCGUCAUUACCAGCUCUUGGUUAUAGUACUUACUAUUUCAAAGCGCAUACUGCAACUAUCAACGAACAGAUAAAAAAAUCAACAGUAAAUCAAGCGUGUAUCCUUCAAAAUGAACAUCUGCGCGUAGAAUUCAAUGAAUUAGGACACUUGAAACGUAUUACUAACUUGGAUAAGAAUAUUGUGGUUUCAUUUACUGAACAAGGAUUUUAUUGGUACGCAAGUUAUACUAGUAAUCCUACAACACCGGAAUUUCCGUCAUCAGGUGCAUAUGUGUUUCGACCACUGUACCCUGAAGCUUUUCCUGUAAGUCCUUUGCGACAAAUAAACUGUACGAUCACAGACACAGUACAGAAAGCAUCGAUUAUGUUCAACGAUUGGAUUAGUCAAGAGAUUCAUCUCUAUCGUAAUGCAUCGACUCUCGAAAUAGAUUGGACAGUUGGGCCAAUUCCAAUCGAUGAUAAUAUAGGCAAAGAAAUCAUUAUUCGUUAUAAUACAAAUAUCGAUAGUGGAUCUAAAUACUACACGGAUGCUAAUGGACGUGAAGUACUCGAACGUAUACGAAAUCAUCGACCGACAUGGCCUUACUUUCCUGAAGUACCUAUCACUGGCAAUUAUUAUCCGAUCAAUAGUCGUAUUUGGAUUCGUGAUCGGGAACGUCAAUUGACGAUUCUUACUGGUCAGUGUUUUUCCUAUUCUUGGUGUCAAAUCAAUGGUUCAUCAGUUCUUUUCGAAAAUUCAUAUGUUCUAAUCAAUGUUUUUAACUCGGGUUCGAACAAUGGAGAUGUCAUCACCGAAUUCAACAUGACAUUCUUCGAUUCUUAUCAUAAUUCGAUGUGUACAUUUACACAAGAAAACGUUGCAGGAGAACUUCCUAACUGUGGAUCAGAAGUAUCUAUUGUUCAAUCAUCGAACAGCUUGAACGUUGCCUACAAGAAGGCAUCAUUUAGCGCUUGGAUCAGUUAUAAUACAUGGCACGGUGGACACUAUAAAUUCAAUCUAUUCACUACACUGAAUCGUAUCAAUGAUCCUAGUACGACUGGUCUAUGCAUUGAGGGUUGUCCCAGCAAACGAAUGGCUCCACAAUUGUUGCUAACAGAUUCAACCACCGAUCAAGAAAUAGCAACAAGCGCAAUAGCUAGUCAUGUUUGUGAUGCAUAUAUUACAACAGCGGCACAACGUGUUUCUCAAAACAGUCCUGCUGUGCAAAUGACACCAGGUUAUCUUCAUGCAGUACGACGAGCGUGUAUCAUUGAUGUUACUGUUACUGGAGAUGCCGACUUCGCACGAGAUUCUGCUAGUAAUAUCGUAACUGAUAUUUUGACACAUGCCAAAGAACCUGAUAUCGACAACAUUAGUCAUCUAGUGCAAGAUGCAACACAAGCCACUCAGCAAGUGUUAGAGCAAACUGAAACACAAGUUCAAACAAUGAUCGAUGGUGCUAUAUGGCCGUGUUCACCAAAUGCACCUGUUUGUAUCAUGCCGUCGUUGAUACGACGAAAACAAGUUACAGUUUAA